GCACUUCACCGCCGCGGCAUCUCCCUCUAAAAGCACCGCUCGCCGACGCCCACGCACGCACGUACCGGAGCUAGCCAAGCACCCACCAGACCCCGCGCGCACCGCAGCUCAGCUACCUACGAUCGACCGGCGAUGAAGAAGUGCGCGUCGGAGCUGGAGCUGGAGGCCUUCAUCCGCUGCCGGGGCGCGCUGGCCGCCGCCGAGCAGAAGCCCGGGCACGCCGACGGCGGCGCGGACUUCGGCAUCUUCUCCGCCGCCGACCUCGCUGGCUUCGGCUUCGGCGACUCGAACACCCUCAACGGAAGCAUUCAGAACCACCUCUGGUCCCAGUCACCCAAUCUCGGCGCCCGGCACCCCGCGGUCUCCACCACAAUCGAGUCUCAAUCUUCAAUCUACGCAGCAGCGAGUCCCACGUCCGCGACCAAUCUAAGUAUGAAGGAGAACCAGGCUUUCGGCGGCACGAGCGGUUCGGACUCCGACAGCGAGUCGAUGUUCGACAUGGAGGGUGGCAUGUGCGACCAGGGCACGAACCCAACGGACGUGAAGAGGAUGAGACGGAUGGUGUCGAACCGCGAAUCGGCUCGGCGAUCCAGGAAGAGGAAGCAAGCUCACUUGGUUGAGCUGGAGACACAGGUUGAUCAGCUCCGGGGCGACAACGCGUCCAUCUUCAAGCAGCUGACUGACGCCAACCAGCAGUUCACCACCGCGGUCACCGACAACCGGAUCCUCAAGUCGGACGUGGAGGCCCUCAGGAUGAAGGUGAAGCUGGCGGAGGAGAUGGUGGCGCGUGGCGCGCUGUCGUGCGGGCUGGGCCACCUGGGCCUGUCCCCGGCGUCGAUGAACCCGUGCCGCGUCCCGGACGUGCUGGCCGGGCUGGACUUCCUGCCCGGCGGCGCCGACGACUUCGGUAGCCUGUCCCCGGCGGAGCAGGUGCAGAGCUCGCCGAUGCAGAGCAUGGCCAGCUUGGAGAGUCUCGAGCACAGCAGCCGGAUGCCCGGCGGCGACUCAGUCGACGUCUGGGGCUGGGACUCCCACUCCAACGGCGCCAUGUCCAAGUGAUCAAGCCGUCGAGAUGCCGCUGUCUCGCACAUCGCCAAGUUACCGGAGGAGAAUAUGGUCGUAGUAUCCGUACUAUCUCAGUAUCUGUAUCAUCAGACUGGGAGGUGUCGUCGUGUUCUAGCUGAUGAAAACUCUUGAUGGACUUGAGUUUUUCAGAGUCCUCUCGUGUCGUGUCAGUGACUCUAUUACCGUGCCUAGUUAUUUAUGUAAUGGAACUUUAUACUAGUACUAUGUUCAUGCGAAGAGACUAAACUCCGAAGCAUUAA